AUGGCCCAGCUACUCCCUCUGCUGACGGCCCUGGUGCUGUGCAGCUAUGGCCCUGUUGGAUCUCUGGGCUGUGACCUGCCUCACAACUCUGCCCCUCUGAGCAGGACCACCUUGGUGCUUCUGGACCAGAUGAGGAGGGUCUCCCCUGUCUUGUGUCUCAAGGACAGAAGAGACUUCCAGUUCCCGCGGGAGGUGGUGAACGGCAGCCAGUUCCAGAAGCACCAGGCCGUGUCUGUCCUGCACGAGAUGCUGCAGCAGAUCUUCAACCUGCUCCACACAGCGCACUCCUCUGCUGCCUGGAACAACACCCUCCUGGAGGAACUGAAUGCUGCACUUCAUCAGCAGCUGCAAGGCCUGGAGACCUGCUUGGUACAGGCCAUGGGAGAGGAAGACUCUGUCCUGACGGCUGACAGCCCAACGCUGAUGCUGAAGAGGUACUUCCAGAGAAUCCGUCUCUACCUGGACGAGAAGAAACACAGUGGCUGUGCCUGGGAACUCGUCAGAAUGGAGAUCAGGAGAGCCUUCUCCUCAACAGCAGACUUGCAGGAAAGCUUAAGAAGCAAGGAUGGAGACCUGGCGUCAUCCUGAGAUGGUUCUCAUUGACUAAUUCCCACAUCCCAUUUUCACACGUGUCCUUGGUCAUUUCAAAAGGCUUGUUUCUGCUUUAGUCCAAAGUUACUGAACUAAAUUUAUCCAGUACUUUGUAAAUAUAUUAAGUAAGUUUAUGUGAAGAAAUGUUCUCUAGUUCUAUCAGUUCUUCAGAGAAAGCUUCCCUGAUUUAUUUAUUUAUUUAUUUAUUUUCAUUCUUUUUUACAUGUAUACUAGUUGUAAUAUUUAUUUUACAUAUAAUAACAUGUCAUCUUUACAUUGU